GCAAAAGAACUACCAGCUCAAAACAAAAAUGCGUGCCUUCGUUGUCCUGUGCUUAGUGGCUGUAGCUUAUGCCGAUAAAUUGGGCUACAACUACCGCCCAGUGGGUCACUCGGACUCUGGACUUUCCUUCCAGCCAGGCGGUUCUUCAGGAAGUCUUGGUGGACUAGGCGGCAGUGGAGGCCUUGGAGGAUUAGGAGGCAGUGGUGGUCUUGGAGGUUUGGGUGGAAGUGGUGGUCUUGGAGGUUUGGGCGGCAGUGGCAGCGGUCUUGGUGGACUCGGCGGUAGCGGUCUUGGUGGACUCGGCGGUAGCGGUCUUGGCGGCUCAGAUGGUGGUCUUGGAGGUCUUGGUGGCUCAAGCGAUAUUGGCAACUCCGGUAAUGUUGGACCUUCUUACUCAGCACCAGCUGAAUUCAACAAAGAAUUCUUCACAUAUACUGCCCCCGAGGAAGAAUUCGAUGAUGGUGAUGCCGGCCAACAAGUUGCCAACUCUCUGAAAAAGAAUCUUCGUGUCAUCUUCAUCAAGGGACCUGAAAACCGUGGACUCGAGAACGCUGCUCUCCAAUUGGCUAAACAUGCUGCCGAAGACCGCACCGCCAUCUAUGUCUUGCAGAAACAAAGCGAUAUUGGCGAUUUGGCUAAGAAACUCAACUCUAUCCAAGGCCAGAACAGCCACAAACCCGAAGUACAUUUCGUCAAAUACCGUACCCCUGAAGAUGCCGCCAACGCCCAGCGUGCUAUCCAAUCUCAAUACGAUCAAUUGGGUGGUAACUCUCAAGCUCAUGAUGGUGGUGUUGCUCCAGUACACAACUUUGCCUCUCAAGCUCCAGUUGCUGCACCACAAGUGAACGCUCCUCGCAACUCUUACUUGCCCUCUUCCAUCAUUCGCAUUUAAGAUUGGUUAAUGGUCAGGGAGCUUUUGUUAUAUUGAUUGAAUGACUGAUUUGUUAAAAUUGUUGAAAUUGUUAUGGAUUUACCAUAUUUAUUAUUAAA